UGUGCGACCUUCCUGUCCACAUGCGGCAUAUCGCUGUUUUAGCCUUGUUGACUGGGUGUCUAAUGUAACAAGAAACGAGUUUUACAUGCAACUAAAGAUACCUAGGAGUUUGACUUUGAAAAAAAUCCCUUAAUAUAAGAUGGCAAAGACGAAUGUUCAGUUCAAAACAAAUUACGCUGUUUCUAAUAAGAUUGAGCCGUUUUACAAAGGAGGGAAAGUGCAGAUCAGCAAAGAUGAGCAGUACAUCUUUUGUACUUGUGGCUCUCGUGUCAAUGUUCUGCAGAUUAACACAGGGAAGAUUGUGCAAAGCAUUGAGCAUGAUGAUCAAGAAGACAUCACAUCAUUUGCUGUGAGCUGUGAUGAUGAGAUGCUGGUAACAGCCAGCAGGGCGCUGCUGCUCAAACAGUGGGACUGGAGACAAGCUCAGUGUACGCGCUCUUGGCGGGCCAUUCACACUGUGCCUGUGGCCAGUAUGACCUUUGACCCCACCUCCACACUGUUGGCAACAGGUGGAUGUGAUGGCACCAUUAAGCUCUGGGAUGUGGUGAAGCAGUACUGCACUCACAACCUGAAAGGUUCAUCUGGAGUUGUACACCUGGUCCAGUUCCACCCAGAUAUAGAGCUGCUGCAGCUCUUCUCCUCUUCACUGGACUGUGGCAUUCGGUUGUGGGACCUGCGGUCCAGUCGGUGCCUGUGUGUUCUGCAGAGCCACUACAGUGCUGUUACUGCUCUCACCUUCAGCCAUGAUGGCCACACCAUGAUCAGUUCCGGCAGAGAUAAAAUCUGCACAGUGUGGGAUCUGAAGACUCGGACAGUCAAAAGAACUGUACCAGUCUAUGAGACUGUGGAGGGUGUUGUGCUUCUGCCCGAGGAUAAGGACUUCCUGGAGAUGGGAGUGAAGACCAAUGAGUUACAUUUCAUCACAGCUGGCAGCAAAGGUGUGUUGCGAGUGUGGGAUGCCAGCACAGCACGGUGUGUCUACACCCAGACCCUUCCCUCCUCCUUCACUCCCGUCUCUGAGGAUGAGGAGGGGAAGGAUGAUGACCCCCACAGCAUAACGUUCCUGCUUCAUUUGGCUACGUCCUCCCGUGUCGCUACAGUCACUGCAGAACACAACAUCCUACUUUAUCAGCUGCCGGACCUCAGCGCACAGCAGCAGUUUGUGGGUUACAGUGAUGAGGUACUGGAUAUAAAGUUUGUCGGUAAAGAAGACACACACAUUGUGGUGGCCACCAACAGCUGCCAGCUGAAGGUUUUCGAACUGCUUAGCAACAGCUGCCAGAUCCUCGACGGUCACACAGAUACCGUCCUCUCACUGGAUGUGUUCAAAAAGGGAUUUGUCUUUGCAAGCUGUGCAAAGGAUAAGUCUGUGCGUGUGUGGGAAAUGGACAGUGUCAGUGGGCAGGUGCAUUGUGUGGCUCAGGGCUGCAGCCAUGUUAAUGCUGUGGGCACCAUCACCUGGUCCAGGAUGAAGCCAUCUUUUCUGGUGUCUGGCAGUCAGGACUGUACCGUGAAGGUUUGGGAUCUCCCUGCAGACUUGUCUAUUGCAGGACUGAAAACACAUCACCUGACUGCCCGCACAACAGAGAAAGCGCAUGAUAAGGAUGUGAACAGCGUAGCGGUUUCACCCAAUGACAAGCUCUUGGCGACAGGCUCCCAGGAUCGAACUGCCAAGUUGUGGUCCUUGACCGGGAGUAGCAGUGUUGACCUACUGGGGGUGUUUCGGGGACACCGACGUGGUGUUUGGUCCGUCUGUUUCUCUCCUGUUGACCAAGUGCUGGCAACCUCUUCUGCAGAUGGAACCACCAAGAUUUGGAGUUUGCAAGAUUUCAGCUGCCUGAAGACAUUUGAGGGGCACGAUGCUUCAGUUCUGAAGGUCAUCUUUGUGAGUCGAGGCACUCAGCUGCUCACCAGUGGCUCAGACGGUUUGGUGAAACUCUGGACCAUCAAAACCAACGAGUGUGUGAAGACUCUAGAUGCCCACCAGGACAAAGUGUGGGGUCUCCAUGGCAACCGAAAGGAUAAUAUGAUGGUGACGGCGUCAGCAGAUUCUAACAUAAUUGUCUGGGUGGAUGUGAGUGAGGUGGAGCUGGAAGAGGAGAAGGCCAAACAGGAAGAUCAGAUACUGAAGCAGCAGGAGCUGUCGAACCUGCUCCAUGAGAAAAAGUAUCUAAAGGCUCUGGGCCUCGCUAUCUCACUGGACCAGCCACACACCGUGCUCACAGUCAUCAAAGUGAUGCAUCAGGGAGAAGAAGGCCAAAAGCUGCUGGAGAAAACCGUGCUGAAACUUCGAAUGGAUCAGAAAGAGUCUCUCCUGCGGUACUGUGUGGUGUGGAACACCAACGCCAGAAACUGUUUGGAAGCCCAGGCUGUCCUCCAGGUCCUCCUCACACACCUGCCUCCAGAAGAAUUGCUGCAGUUCCAAGGGGUUCGAACCCACCUGGAGGGACUGAUCCCAUACACAGAGAGACACAUGCAGAGGGUUGGCCGUCUGCUACAGGCAUCCAUGUUCCUCAACUACAUGUGGCAGAAGAUGAGAGUGACCGGUUUACCCCCAAGCGCAACUGGAGAUGAAGAAAUGGACAUGACUCCUCUCACAGGAAACCAGCCACUUUUUGUGACUGACACAGAUGAGAGAAAAGACAUUGACGAGGAGACUGGCGACGAUAACACCAGUGAUGAUGAAAUUGAUGGUGGACGUGAUAAAGAAGAGGACAAUGAUAUCAGUGUCACAAACAAAGCUGUUGCCAGUGUCAAGCGAGGAGAAACUGCUAAAACAAAUGGCGCCCUCUCCUCUGAAAGCGAGGAGAGUUCAGAAGAGGAAGACUUGGAAGAUGACAGAGGUCAGUUGGUUCUGCCAGUAAGUUUAGCUUCACCAUGUCAGGCGCUCACCAGCUGACCAGAGACAUGGCGAACACAGGAGUUCUGCAGACUGUUGUCUCAGACUGAUGGGCGGAGCAACUCCAUCUGUGCAGCAAGCUGACAGAAAGACAACACUUUAUCUUCCAUGCACAUCUAUCCCGUAAGUACUAGGAAGUAAGAGCGAAAAUAUUGGUGGAAACGUGUGGUUUUGGUCACACUGCACGUCUUGUUCUGGCAUCCUGAUCAACCAGCUCGACCACGACAAGACAACAGAUCUCAUGCAAUUGUGGCUGUGACAUAAAAUGUCUUAUGGUUUUCACUUAGGUU